CCGGCCGCUCUGGGCGGUGCGGCAGGGCGGUGUCGCUCGGGCGGUCCCGCUGGGCCUGGGCCUGCGGGGUGGGGUUGACGGCAUGGGCGGGGCCUCGGGGACCCGGGCAAGCCCGCGCACUUGGCAGGAGCUGCAGCUGCCGCUGUCCGCGCCUCCAAGGUUUCACGGCUUCUUCAGCGGAGACCCGGGCUCGGCCGCCAUGUCCGCCGCAGACGAGGUUGACGGGCUAGGCGUGGCCCGGCCGCACUAUGGCUCUGUCCUGGAUAAUGAAAGACUUACUGCAGAGGAGAUGGAUGAAAGGAGACGUCAGAAUGUGGCUUAUGAGUACCUUUGUCAUUUGGAAGAAGCAAAGAGGUGGAUGGAAGCAUGCCUAGGGGAAGAUCUGCCUCCCACCACAGAACUGGAGGAGGGGCUUAGGAAUGGGGUCUACCUUGCCAAACUGGGAAACUUCUUCUCUCCCAAAGUAGUGUCCCUGAAAAAAAUCUAUGAUCGAGAACAGACCAGAUACAAGGCGACUGGCCUCCACUUUAGACACACUGAUAAUGUGAUUCAGUGGUUGAAUGCCAUGGAUGAGAUUGGAUUGCCUAAGAUUUUUUACCCAGAAACUACGGAUAUCUAUGAUCGAAAGAACAUGCCAAGAUGUAUCUACUGUAUCCAUGCACUCAGUUUGUACCUGUUCAAGCUAGGCCUGGCUCCUCAAAUUCAAGACCUAUAUGGAAAGGUUGACUUCACAGAAGAAGAAAUCAACAACAUGAAGACUGAGUUGGAGAAGUAUGGCAUCCAAAUGCCUGCAUUUAGCAAGAUUGGGGGCAUCCUGGCUAAUGAACUGUCAGUGGAUGAAGCCGCAUUACAUGCUGCUGUUAUUGCUAUUAAUGAAGCUAUUGACCAUAGAAUUCCAGCCGACACAUUUGCAGCUUUGAAAAAUCCCAAUGCCAUGCUUGUAAAUCUUGAAGAGCCCUUGGCAUCCACUUACCAGGAUGUACUUUACCAGGCUAAGCAGGACAAAAUGACAAAUGCUAAAAACAGGACAGAAAACUCAGAGAGAGAAAGAGAUGUUUAUGAGGAGCUGCUCACGCAAGCUGAAAUUCAAGGCAAUGUAAACAAAGUCAAUACAUUUUCUGCAUUAGCAAACAUCGACCUGGCUUUAGAACAAGGAGAUGCACUGGCCUUGUUCAAGGCUCUACAGUCACCAGCCCUGGGUCUUCGAGGACUGCAGCAACAGAAUAGUGACUGGUACUUGAAGCAGCUCCUGAGUGAUAAACAGCAGAAGAGACAGAGUGGUCAGACUGACCCCCUGCAGAAGGAGGAGCUGCAGUCUGGAGUGGAUGCUGCAAACAGUGCUGCCCAGCAAUAUCAGAGAAGAUUGGCAGCGGUAGCAGUGAUUAAUGCUGCAAUCCAGAAGGGUGUUGCUGAGAAGACUGUUUUGGAACUGAUGAAUCCCGAAGCCCAGCUGCCCCAGGUGUAUCCAUUUGCCGCCGAUCUCUAUCAGAAGGAGCUGGCUACCCUGCAGCGACAGAGUCCUGAACAUAAUCUCACCCACCCAGAGCUCUCUGUUGCAGUGGAAAUGUUGUCGUCGGUGGCCCUGAUCAACAGGGCAUUGGAAUCAGGAGAUGUGAAUACAGUGUGGAAGCAGUUGAGCAGUUCAGUUACGGGCCUUACCAAUAUUGAGGAAGAAAACUGUCAGAGGUAUCUCGAUGAGUUAAUGAAACUGAAGGCUCAGGCACAUGCAGAGAAUAAUGAAUUCAUUACCUGGAAUGAUAUCCAAGCUUGUGUGGACCAUGUGAACCUGGUGGUGCAAGAGGAACAUGAGAGGAUUUUAGCCAUUGGUUUAAUUAAUGAAGCCCUGGAUGAAGGUGAUGCCCAAAAGACUCUGCAGGCCCUACAGAUUCCUGCAGCUAAACUUGAGGGAGUCCUUGCAGAAGUGGCCCAGCAUUACCAAGACACACUGAUUAGAGCGAAGAGAGAGAAAGCCCAGGAAAUCCAGGAUGAGUCAGCCGUGUUAUGGUUGGAUGAAAUUCAAGGUGGAAUCUGGCAGUCCAACAAAGACACCCAAGAAGCACAGAAGUUUGCUUUAGGAAUCUUUGCCAUUAACGAGGCAGUAGAAAGUGGUGAUGUUGGCAAAACACUGAGUGCCCUUCGUUCCCCUGAUGUUGGCUUAUAUGGAGUCAUCCCUGAAUGUGGUGAAACUUACCAGAGUGACCUUGCUGAAGCCAAGAAGAAAAAACUGGCAGUAGGAGAUAAUAACAGCAAGUGGGUGAAGCACUGGGUAAAAGGUGGAUAUUAUUAUUACCACAAUCUGGAGACCCAGGAAGGAGGAUGGGACGAACCCCCAAAUUUUGUGCAAAAUUCUAUGCAGCUUUCUCGGGAGGAGAUCCAGAGUUCUAUCUCUGGGGUGACUGCUGCAUAUAACCGAGAACAGCUGUGGCUGGCUAACGAAGGCCUGAUCACCAGGCUGCAGGCUCGCUGCCGUGGAUACUUAGUUCGACAGGAAUUCCGAUCCAGGAUGAAUUUCCUGAAGAAACAAAUCCCUGCCAUCACCUGCAUUCAGUCGCAGUGGAGAGGGUACAAGCAGAAGAAGGCAUAUCAAGAUCGGUUAGCUUACCUGCGUUCCCACAAAGACGAAGUUGUAAAGAUUCAGUCCCUGGCAAGGAUGCACCAGGCUAGAAAGCGCUAUCGAGAUCGCCUGCAGUACUUCCGGGACCAUAUAAAUGACAUUAUCAAAAUCCAGGCUUUUAUUCGGGCAAACAAAGCUCGGGAUGACUACAAGACUCUCAUCAAUGCUGAGGAUCCUCCUAUGAUUGUGGUCCGAAAAUUUGUCCACCUGCUGGACCAAAGUGACCAGGAUUUUCAGGAGGAGCUUGACCUUAUGAAGAUGCGGGAAGAGGUUAUCACCCUCAUUCGUUCUAACCAGCAGCUGGAGAAUGACCUCAAUCUCAUGGAUAUCAAAAUUGGACUGCUAGUGAAAAAUAAGAUUACAUUGCAGGAUGUGGUUUCCCACAGUAAAAAACUUACCAAAAAAAAUAAGGAACAGUUGUCUGAUAUGAUGAUGAUAAAUAAACAGAAGGGAGGUCUCAAGGCUUUGAGCAAGGAGAAGAGAGAGAAGUUGGAAGCUUACCAGCACCUGUUUUAUUUAUUGCAAACCAAUCCCACCUAUCUGGCCAAGCUAAUUUUUCAGAUGCCCCAGAACAAGUCCACCAAGUUCAUGGACUCUGUAAUCUUCACACUCUACAACUACGCAUCCAACCAGCGAGAAGAGUACCUGCUCCUGCGGCUCUUUAAGACAGCGCUUCAAGAGGAAAUCAAGUCGAAGGUAGAUCAGAUUCAAGAGAUUGUCACAGGAAAUCCUACGGUUAUUAAAAUGGUUGUAAGUUUCAACCGUGGUGCGCGUGGCCAGAAUGCCCUGAGACAGAUCUUGGCCCCAGUCGUGAAGGAAAUUAUGGAUGACAAAUCUCUCAACAUCAAAACUGACCCUGUGGAUAUUUACAAAUCUUGGGUUAAUCAGAUGGAGUCUCAGACAGGAGAGGCAAGCAAACUGCCCUAUGAUGUGACCCCUGAGCAGGCGCUAGCUCAUGAAGAAGUGAAGACACGGCUAGACAGCUCCAUCAGGAACAUGCGGGCUGUGACAGACAAGUUUCUCUCAGCCAUUGUCAGCUCUGUGGACAAAAUCCCUUAUGGGAUGCGCUUCAUUGCCAAAGUGCUGAAGGACUCGUUGCAUGAGAAGUUCCCUGAUGCUGGUGAGGAUGAGCUGCUGAAGAUUAUUGGUAACUUGCUUUAUUAUCGAUACAUGAAUCCAGCCAUUGUUGCUCCUGAUGCCUUUGACAUCAUUGACCUGUCGGCAGGAGGCCAGCUUACCACAGACCAACGCCGAAAUCUGGGCUCCAUUGCAAAAAUGCUUCAGCAUGCUGCUUCUAAUAAGAUGUUUCUGGGAGAUAAUGCCCACUUAAGCAUCAUUAAUGAAUAUCUUUCCCAGUCCUACCAGAAAUUCAGACGGUUUUUCCAAACUGCUUGUGAUGUCCCAGAGCUUCAGGAUAAAUUUAAUGUGGAUGAGUACUCUGAUUUAGUAACCCUCACCAAACCAGUAAUCUACAUUUCCAUUGGUGAAAUCAUCAACACCCACACUCUCCUGUUGGAUCACCAGGAUGCCAUUGCUCCGGAGCACAAUGAUCCAAUCCACGAGCUGCUGGACGACCUCGGCGAGGUGCCCACCAUCGAGUCCCUGAUAGGGGAAAGCUCUGGCAAUUUAAAUGACCCAAAUAAGGAGGCACUGGCUAAGACAGAAGUGUCUCUCACCCUGACCAACAAGUUCGAUGUGCCUGGAGAUGAGAAUGCAGAAAUGGAUGCUCGAACCAUCUUACUGAAUACAAAACGUUUAAUUGUGGAUGUCAUACGGUUCCAGCCAGGAGAGACCUUGACUGAAAUCCUAGAAACACCAGCCACCAGUGAACAGGAAGCAGAGCAUCAGAGAGCCAUGCAGAGACGUGCUAUCCGUGAUGCCAAAACCCCUGACAAGAUGAAAAAGUCAAAAUCUGUAAAGGAAGACAGCAACCUCACUCUUCAAGAGAAGAAAGAGAAAAUCCAGACAGGUUUAAAGAAGCUAACAGAGCUUGGAACCGUUGACCCAAAGAACAAAUACCAGGAACUGAUCAACGACAUUGCCAGGGAUAUUCGGAAUCAGCGGAGGUACCGACAGAGGAGAAAGGCUGAACUAGUGAAACUGCAACAGACAUACGCUGCUCUGAAUUCUAAGGCCACCUUUUAUGGGGAGCAGGUGGAUUACUAUAAAAGCUAUAUCAAAACCUGCCUGGAUAACUUAGCCAGCAAGGGCAAAGUCUCCAAAAAGCCUAGGGAAAUGAAAGGAAAGAAAAGCAAAAAGAUUUCUCUGAAAUAUACAGCAGCAAGACUACAUGAAAAAGGAGUUCUUCUGGAAAUUGAGGACCUGCAAGUGAAUCAGUUUAAAAAUGUUAUCUUUGAAAUCAGUCCAACAGAAGAAGUUGGAGACUUUGAAGUGAAAGCCAAAUUCAUGGGAGUUCAAAUGGAGACUUUUAUGUUACAUUAUCAGGACCUGCUGCAGCUACAAUAUGAAGGAGUUGCAGUCAUGAAAUUAUUUGAUAGAGCUAAAGUAAAUGUCAACCUCCUGAUCUUCCUUCUCAACAAAAAGUUCUACGGGAAGUAAUUGAUCAUUUGCUGCCAGCCCAGAAAGAUAAAGGAAAGAAGCACCUCAUAGCUCCUUUCUAGGUCCUUCUUGACUCAUUGGAAGCAAAGACCUAGCCCACAACAGCGCCUCAGUCUGAUACACUCCCGAUGCCACAUUUUUAACUCCUCUCGCUCUGAUGGGACAUUUUGUUACCCUUUUUUCAUAGUGAAAUUGUGUUUCAGGCUUAGUCUGACCUUUCUGGAUUCUUCAUUUUCUUCCAUUACUUAGGAAAGAGUAGAAACUCCACUAAAAUUUCUCUGUUGCUACAGUCUUAGAGGUUGCAUUACUUUAUUGUAAGCUUUGGUGUUUGUUUUAAUUACCAAUAGGGAUGGUAGGAUUCAAAUUUUUGUCAUUUAGAAGUGGAAGCCAUUAGCACCAAUGACAUACAUACAGGAUGCACAACUAAAAUGUCAUGUUAUUAACAGUUAUUAGGUUGUCAUUUAAAAGUAAAGUUCCUUUAUAUUUCUGUCCCAUCAGGAAGAUUGAAGGAUAUGGGGAAUCAUUUGUUAUCUUCCAUUGUGUUUUUCUUUAUGGACAGGAGCUAAUGGAAGUGAUGGUUGUAUGUUCAAAGGAAGUAUUUCUAGAAAAAAGGAGAUACUGUUUUUAAAUUUCAUCAUCAAACUUGGGCAGUUCUGUUUGUGUAACUCCCCGACUAGUGGAUGGGAGAGUCCCAUUGAUAAAAUUUAGCUACUUAGAUAAAUUUGGAAUGGGUUGAGACACCUGCCUGUUUGUGUUGGUGCACAGAGAUUGACUUGAUUCAAAGAGACAAUUCACUCCAUCCCUAUGGCAGAGGAAUGGGUUAGCCCUAGUGUAGAAUGUCAUUGUUUUUAAAACUGUUUUAUAUCUUAAGAGUGCCUUAUUAAAGUAUAGAUGUAUGUCUUAAAAUGUGGGUGAUAGGAAUUUUAAAGAUUUAUAUAAUGCAUCAAAAGCCUCAGAAUGAGAAAAGGUUUUUUUUAAAUUGGUUUAUCUGUAUAUCUGAACUCUUGAAACUUAUAGCUAAAACACUAGGAUUUAUCUGCAGUGUUGCAGAGAUAAUUCUGCCUUAAAUUGUCUAAAACAAAAACAAAACCAGCCAACCUAUGUUACACGUGAGAUUAAAACCAAUUUUUCUCCCAUUUUUUCUCCUUUUUUCUUUUGCUGCCCACAUUGUGCCUUUAUUUUAUGAGCCCCAGUUUUCUGGGCUUAGUUUUUUAAAAAAAUCAAGUCUAAACAUUGAAUUUAGGAAGCUUUUGUUCUUAGAUAAAAAGUCAUAUACUUUAAAAAAAAAAAAAAAAACUUUUUCCAGGAAAAUAUAUUGAAAUCAUGCUGCUGAGCCUCUAUUUUCUUUGAUGUUUUGGUUCGGUAUUCUUUUAUAAAUUUUUAGCAUUUAAAAUUCAGUGAUGUACAUUAAGCCAAUAAACUGCUUUAAUGAAUAACAAA